UGGAAAAUGGCUGUGUAGGGGAGCAGGGAGUCAUGAUCGGGAAAAGAAAGAAAGAGCGAGAGAAAGACGGCGAAGCAAGAAGUGAACACAAGGUUUGCUAGAAGUUUAUUGCACACCGAGAAGCUAUCGUCCGCAGAAAAGACACCACACGAACUCUUGUCCGCUACUUUAAAGUGUUUAAAGCGCCGCAGCCAAAAAGUGAGAGGAGUCAAGAAAUAUCCGCGGGUCCCAUAAUCCCUGUCCAGAACCUGUGGGAGCCUGAGAGAACCGAAGAGGAUUAAAGACCUUCCCACUCUGCCACUCGUCCUCCAAUCAGACCACUUCGUUUGACCGCGGAGAGCCAACGACACAGGGCCCUCGACUGGCAAAAUCUUUGACCAGGCUGCUCCAAUAGCACCCAGCCAGGAGGUUUUUCGCUGCUUGAGAGAGCAUGUUGCCAACGCGCUCCCUCUGCUCCAUCAUCUGGCUCAACCGGGGUAUCAAACUAAGGAAAGUGCACCAGUCCACAAACACCGGUCAGGUCUGAAACCGCUGCCUCCGCAGACAUAGCAGCAACAAAACGCUACUUAUCGACUUUUAAAAAUGCUUCUAAGCUUCGGGUGACUCCCCCUCCUCCCCUCAUCCCCCGACUCCCUAAGCCACCAACACCAGAAUUUAGUGACUUUUGGUCUCUGAGGAGGAUCUCUGUGUAGGUAAACCCUGCUGUUGCAGUGCGACUCAGGCUGCACCAUCUAAUCCUCUAUUCGGUGGCCAUUUUGUUUUUUGCCUCCCCAACAAAAUGGCGACGGAAGGUUUUCAGUACCUUGCCCUCUACGCUUUCACCAAGGACCAGGAAGAGGACCUGGAUCUGCAGCCGGGAGACCUUCUGACAGUCAGCAAAGCCUCUCUGCUGUCCAUGGAGAACUACACAGAGGGCUGCAUCGAGCAGCCUGAGCGCCUCGGCUGGCUCCUUGGGUACAACGAGCGCACCAAACAAAGAGGCGAUUUCCCGGGGACGUACGUCGAGUAUGUGGGCCCCGUGAAAAUGGCGCUCCCAUCGAGCCAACCAAGGUCCCAGCGACCCCUCCCUGCCGCUCCAAGACCAGAGUCGUCUCAGGCUGUUUCUGUGCCGGACCUGAGCGAGCAGUUCACACCGCCAGAGACGGCUCCCCCAGCCCUCAUCAGCCUGAUCCAAGCCAUAGAGAAGAGAGGUCUGGACUGCAAGAUAUUGUACAGGUCAACUGUUUCCUCAGGUUCAGACAGCCCAGUGUACAGCCUGAGCUCCGAGAGUGAGAUGUGUCAGAAAGAUGUGGGCUACAUGUCUGAGUGUGUCCUAAACUACCUGAGAGACCUCCCGUCACCCGUCAUCCCUGCCUGUGUCUACACUCACCUUCAGACUACCGUCACACUGCAGCAGCAGCUCCUGCAGCAGUCAGCAGAUGGUGCAGUCGCUGGAAGCCAUGACAGAGAGGUAAGCCUGGUCCUCGAGAGCUCCACCUCCGUCCCUCUCCAUCACCGUCUCACUCUGCAGUACCUCCUCACACACCUGGCCAAGGUCACCCAGGCGCAGGCCAGCAAUGGCCUGGACACACACACGCUGGGAAAGAUCUUCGGACCGCUGCUGAUACGGACAGGCCCCUCCACCCCUUGGUUGUCGGCGGAUGAGGAUUUCCCUGCCCUUGUGGUGGAGAGGCUGCUGAUAGAGAGAACUGCGGAGCAGGACCUCACUCCUCCAGUUCUUCCAGCAAAGCCAGUCAAAUCAAAACUGCCUCCAUCAGCCAUGACAGACACAGGCAGCCUGCUGAACGAUGCUGAGUGGUACUGGGGAGAAAUUUCCAGAGAGGAGGUGAAUGAAAAGCUGCGAGACACUCCAGAUGGCACCUUCCUGGUCCGAGAUGCCUCCAGUAAACUGGAGGGCGAGUACACGCUCACCCUCAGGAAAGGGGGGAACAACAAGCUUAUAAAGAUUUACCACAGAGACGGGAGGUACGGCUUCUCUGAGCCUCUUACCUUCCUGUCUGUUGUGGAGCUCAUCAAUCACUACCGCCACGAGUCCCUGGCCCAAUACAAUGCCAAACUGGACACCAGGCUUCUGUACCCAGUCUCCAAAUACCAACAGUUGGUGAAGGAGAACAGUAUAGAGGAGGUGGGAGAGCAGCUGAAAGUCUAUCAUGAGCAGUACCAGGAGAAGAGCCGCGAGUACGACUCUCUAUACGAGGAAUACACACGCACAUCACAGGAGCUGCAGAUGAAGCGCACAGCCAUCGAGGCCUUCAAUGAGACCAUCAAGAUCUUUGAGGAGCAGUGUGAGACGCAGGAGCGCUACAGCAGAGAGUCUUUGGAGCGAUUCCAACGCGAGGGCAACGAAAAAGAGAUUCAAAAGAUCCAGAGCAACUCAGAGCGAUUGAAGUCUCGUGUGAAGGAGAUCCACGACAGCAAGCGUAAGCUGGAGCAGGACUUGAGAGAGCAGGUCUCUGAUAACAGAGAAAUCGACAAGAAGAUGAACAGCCUCAAACCGGAUCUCAUGCAGCUCCGCAAAAUCAGAGACCAGUACCUAAUAUGGUUGACACAGAAGGGUACGCGGCAGAAGAAGAUCAAUGAAUGGCUGGGCAUAAAGAAUGAUGCUGAUGACUCCUACUCACUGGAGGAGGACGAGGGCUCACCGCACCACGAUGAGUGUACCUGGUAUGUGGGUGACAUCAAACGCACCCAGGCUGAGGAAAUGCUGAGAGGCAAAUGUGACGGGACCUUUCUCAUCCGUGAAAGCCAAUCACAGAAGGGCUCCUACGCCUGUUCUGUAGUUGUGGAGGGCGACACCAAGCACUGCGUCAUCUACAAGACAGUCACAGGUUAUGGAUUCGCAGAGCCCUACAAUCUGUACUCAUCCCUCAAAGACCUGGUGCUCCACUACAAAAACGUCUCCUUGGUCCAACACAACGACCAGCUGAAUGUAAAUCUAGCCUACCCAGUCCUGGCCCGCUCUCAGAACCAGAACCAGCACCCCAGAUGAAUUAUUCACCAGCAGUGAAGGACGCCAAACAGGGUGGGGAAAACAAAAUUUUCACUCAUAUGCAUUUGGGAAAAAAAAUAACCCUCAGAACAAUGCUUGUUCUUGUUUAAGUGGCAGAGAGAAAAAGACUCAAUAGCCACGACUUAAAAAUCAUACUUUUUGUCUGGAGGCUGGUGCGAAUUUUCAGCACCACCUCCAGACCAGUAAAGAGCACUCCUUGCUAACAGCAUGGCUUCAAAAUAAGCACACUACAACCGGUAUCAAAGCACCGUGCAGUUAUCCUGGCUGACGCAGCGAGGAGAGUGUCACUUCAGCCAGGCUCGAAUGUACAGUGUCAGUUAUGAAAAAAAGAAAAUACCUUUGAUACAGAGAAAAAAAUAAACGUGUUCAAAGAAGACAAAUUAAGCACACAUUAUGAAGCUCGCGGAGGAGAGGAGAGAAACCAGUUGAUGGGAUGAUGGGAAAAUUUACAGGAGGCAUUUUUGUUGUAUUUGCCUUCAACAUGUGAUAACUGUCCAUAGACAAAGGCCCAAUCUGUCACCCCCAGACUGCCUGCAAACUCUCCGUAGACAAAAGCCUGAGCUGUCAUCCACUGAAAGGACUGGCUUGGCUGAACCAGGCUGCUCGCUUCACACCUAAAGGCGGCUGAGAAAAAAAAAACAUGGACCAGGGGGUGUAGUCACUGGAGACGAGGGGGGUGUGGGUGGGAUUGGGAUGAGAAAUCGCUGGCGUUAAUGUUUUUAUGGGUUAAAGAAAAAAAAACGAUUACUUCAUUUUAAAGCUUGCUUAAGUGCCAUAGUAAUGGCUUUGAAUGACCACAAGCCUGUGUCACUAGAACAAGGGCGCACGUCGAGGUUGAAAGAAGGAAGGAGGGGAUGAACGGCUGUCAACAUAGACAAAGCUACAGCUUUAAAAAAAAUACACACAUAGGUAUAUUUUUUAUGAAAUGAUCUUUAUUUUCAACUGCUUUGGCUUGUUGCUCUCUCUCAGUGGGCCUCCAUUUGAAACGACGAGGUACAACAUACAGUAAAUGCUGUAUUCCAGGAUAGAAAUGCAUGGUACAUAUUUGGUGUAUUGUGAAUAUAGAAUUUUAAUCACAAUACACUAGAUGGUGACGAUAAAUGCAGUUCCACAUAAUUCAGGUUUCUUUAAAAAAAAAUGAAAAUUGUGGAAAGACUCCAGCAUCAAACGUCUAUUUGUUUCAAACUUCUUCCUUCUUUUCCCAUCCUCUUUGAUACUGUAGCACCUGUAGCCAUCGACUUAACUGUUAGUGCUCCUCUUAUGUGUCUUGUCUCUAUAUGCUUAAGACACUUGCAGAGCAUUGAUCUGCGUGAUUAUUGUAUCUUCGGUACUGUAUUUGCCUUGUCUCUAGUUAGAUUUAGACUGUUUUAAUGGUACAAUGUCCUUGCAGAUGUUUAUUGUUGUUUUUUUUAAUGCAGAUUUUACUCACGGUACUUCCCCCCCCCCUCGCGCUUGACUGUUCAUUUCAUCACAAGCUUGACUCACAGAGCUGUAGAACAUUUGAUGUACAAAAAAAGAAGCAGUAAUAUAACUCAUGUACAGUAUAUUUCAGACACACAUGCAGUGGGUGUAUGUGACUUUUACGCAGUAUCAUUGCUGUGUUUCUUUAUGUUUUCGAGUAUUUCAUACGCUCUUAGAUUCUGUUUAAGGAUGCACAGUAUCCAGCUAAUGUGAGCCAAAUGAAGGAUGUCUUUUCAUGUAGCAAGAAAGAGAAAAAAAAGAACCAGUCCUUUUGCCAUUUAGCGUGGCCUCUGUGGUCUGAGAGAUUAUCCAGUACAGUAUGCAUGGAGUCCUUCACUUGGGUUGAUGUUUUAUUCCACUAGGCACCAGUGGUUGAUAAUUGUACUUUUUGUAAACAGUAUGAUGUUUGGUAGUACUAUGCACAACAGUCAUAUGUGGAUAAUAAUAAGUUUAAGAGUUCUCAUAUCAGUUCCCUUCCUCCGUUCUGUGCCGUUGCAGUGACUUUUUCCCGUUCCUCUCAUGUACAUUUAGCUUGAGGUUAAAGAUUGUACCAUCGUCGUUCUAUGUCACUUUCAAAGCACAGUUCAUUCUCGUUGAGGCAGGGUUAUUACAGUUUUUGUCGUGUGGUCAAUGAAAAUGAAAAGAGGAGUCACAUGAUGCCGCUUUUAAAAUUUGAUUUACAGAGUUGAUUUCUUAAGAAUGAAUAUGAAUUAUCUCUCAGAUUUCUUACAUGUAGUAGUCUCACAUUGCCAAAAAGUUUUAAAAAAGUUUUUUGUAAAAAGGUAUAGAAGAAUCCAAUGCUGUUGGCAAUAGACAGUUUAAAAAAAAAAGUGCACUGUUUUUAAAGGUUGCACAUUUGGCAUUUUUGGAUUCAUUUUUAGGGAUGCACCGAUUUUGAAAUUUUGGACCAAUACUUAUGUUUAAAAUAACAAUUUAGCAGAUAUUGAUACUGAUAUUUUGGUUGUUAUUUAGUCCCACUUUUUGGCCAGGGAAACAAAGAAAAAAAAUAAACUGGGAAUAAUUAAGCCCCUAAUUACACUACCUUUGAAUGAGCACAAAUUCAGUCAUACACAUUUAUGAAGCAACUUUUAAAAUAAAAUUGAAUAUGAUUUUUUUUUAAAUCUAUAACAGCUUUAAAAGUCAUUUUACUAUGUACAGUUUAUCAGAAUUUUAUCUCUAAUAUCUAUUUUAUUUUGCUGUGUAAACAUCAACAGAUUUCCUCUUUAAACAAUUGCAUUUAUUCAAGUUUCUCACCAAAACCUAAAUUUUAUAAGAUUAUAUUUGAACACAUUAUAAGAACUUUUUAACUUAUAUUCACCCAAGAUUCAUUUUUACUGAAUAGAGCUUGAAUGCAUCAUAGUGUAACUAUUUGCAACUUCCGUUAGCUGUUUCAGCUACCGGUGCAAACAUCUGACAUUAACUAACUCUUUUCCUGCCUAUUUUAGCACAGAUUUGUUGUUGUAAUGUAACUUUAUCAGGGAAACAAUAGGGUGCAUCCUCGAUAAUGAGUUCACUGCGUCCCAGGGAAGAUCUCUGUUUGUCCCAAACAGGUUUUCUGUUGUCCCUGGGACAACAAGAUGCUAUUAAUCUGGAGCCUGACUUUUUGAUCUGCGCAAACUUGACGUGACACGACAGAAAAAACGCCGGCAAACGUCAUCUUAUUUGCAGAUAGGCCGAUACCAGUCAAUAAGGCGAAUAUCAGCCGAUACUGAUGUUGCGACCCAUAAAUCGGUGCAUCCCUAUGUAUUUUUGUUGAGAAGGAAUAGAAUCCAAAGUGAGAUAUUCAUGUUUCAUCCAAAAACCUAAGCUUCCAACAAACACAAUGCUUUUCAGCACAGUAUCAUUUCUGUUUUUAAAAUGUUGAUUCACAAAUUUCAGGUAGCAACAUUUUUCCAAACAGACCAAUCACACUAAUAAAAUGAAACCUAACUCAACCUGAAAAGUUCGAAUCAAGACAACAUUUUGAUUUCAGUCAGGACGAAUCAAUUGUACUGUACUUUGCACAGUUCUUGGCAAGUAGAAAACCCCAAGAAUUAAAGUAGAGGUGACGGCGGUGCUUCUGAUCAGAGGGCUAUAAACACACGUGAGUGAGAAAGAUUAGAAGUGCCUUUAGUCAUUGUGAUGAGCUCGUCUUCUCCUCAUUGUCAUUGGAGCGUCGCUCUUCAAGAUGGUGCCACCACCACCAUAUGCUGUGCCCCGUGGUUCACACAUUUGCCAUUUAUCAAAGGGUAUCUGGCAAAUGAGCAUAGUUGUGUGUGAUUGUGUGUGUGUGUGUGUGCGUGUGUGUGUGUUUGUGUGUGUGUGUGUGUGUGUGUGUGUGUGUUAGAGCAAAAAUCUGAGCAUGUUAUAGAUUUUAGUUGUGCCUCUUUGUUGUUACAUCUAUAGUUGUUACAUAUUCCUUCUUUCUCUGGUGGGGGCUGUACAGUAGCUUGGUGCUCUCUCUCACUGUGCACCAAAGCUAGAUUUCUUUGGUGUGUGUGUGUGUUUUUUUUUUUUUUUUAAAUUUUGUCUGUUAUAUUUUUGAAUAAAUCUCAGAUAAGAUAGAAAUGUGAACCGUACACAUCCGUGGCCCAGCCCAGUUGUUUGAAGCUCAUUUGAUAAGCUCUCAAGUUAAUGCAUGCAGCAUUUCUCAGUGUUUUUAUAUUAAGAGUCAGUUCCUCUGCGAGCAGGCAAUCUGGUUGAGUCAUCCGCCACUGCUGACGCAUCCAUUAUCCAGUUUGUUGGACCAACACUUUUGUGACUGCACUUUUUUUCUGUUCCACACACUCAAAACUAGUGUGUCUAACGCCCAACAACCAUAAACUCACAGACAGUGGUGAAGCUCAGUUGUCAAUAGUGUUUUUAGUUGAUAGUUUUAAGGUCUUUCCACACAGUAUAUCGGGAGUGAUCGAUAGUUUUCUUUAUGAUAUCGGAGUAUACAGUGUACAGUAUAUGCGUUUGUUGUUUUCUGCGGUCAACAACUGUCAUGUAAUUCUGAUGCUUUUUGACUGAUUGCUAUGUUUUCAUUAUAGAGUUAGUUUAACUAUAUGGACUGUAUGAACUCUGUAAUACUUUUCAAAAAAACCUACUUUAAGGAGAGCUGCUGGCUCAUUAUGCAAUUUGUGUCCACACAGCAAAACUGUCCAACUUAACAAAACAAAUAACAGUGAUUUUCCAAAAGGGUCACCCAAAUUACAGGAAGAGAUUUUUUCACUGCUAGAGGCAUGUAAACAUGCAGAUAGUUGAGAUUUAUGAGAUUUAAAUCUUUUGAAUUUUCCUUGGAACUAUUUUCUAUUGAAGAAAUGCCCCCGAAGAAAGAAAGUGAAACUAAAUGCAUGGCUAAACACUGCUUGGUAUACAGUCAGUGAAAACUUUGUCUGGGGUUUCCGAGGGGGAUUUUGGUAAAUCAACCAUUUACAAACAUGUCUGCGAAAGUAAUGCCAAUAUGUUGCAGUUUAUCCCAGCACAGAUCAGCUUGUUUCAAAUACAUUCAUGAACCCACUGAUUCUUCUUCCAUUUACAGGGUCGGUUCUGUUUGUUUUUUUUAAUGUGGGUUUGUAAUUAGUACUUAUCCUUAGUGUAUUACCCACAGUAGAUGACAGUUGGCACACACCCAGCAUGGAGAAGCAGACAGGAGUACCACCAUGAGAGCUAAGCAAUGUACUGCUGUGGACGGGGGAAGUGGCAAAAUGUAUUUUAGUCAGCUAAAAAAAUACACUCCUGUCAAAGCCAUCAGACCCCAUCGACAGACAGUAAUUUUUAACCUGUUUCACACAGGAGUGUGCUGAUCUACUGCUACCUCAGGCAGAUAGUUGUUUUGUGUUAUUGUGUUAGCUUGGUGAGUCCAAAUUAACCCCUUUAAACACCAAAGUAAAAUAAUAACACAAACAAAAUGACUUACCGAGGUGGCGGUUGAACAGCCUUUAUUCAGCAAUUUUAAAUGAGUGUUUUUCUCCUGAAACCCAGCUUUUUUGCCCAUAACAAAAAAAAAAUGAUGGCAAAGUAAAGUGGUGAAAAUAUUCUCAAUCUAGUGCACACCUUAACUUGUAUUCAUUUCUUUGAGACUUUUUCAGGGUGGCUAAAAUACAUUUUGCUGCUGCCCCCAUCCACAGCAGUACAUUGCUUAGCGUCUGUGGCGGUACUCUGUCUGCUUCUCCAAACUUGGGGCCUGCUGACAUCUACUGUAGGUAAUAUACGUACUAUGGAUAAGUGCCUCAAAAAACCCCAUUUCAAAAGACACAAACUACCCCUUUAGGCGAUUUGCUCAAUGUUUAGUUGCUUAAAGAAAAAUCAGAAUAUAGAACUGAACCACGUUGCUUGUUAAGAUGAAUAUUUUUGCAGUGCAGGUAAACACUUUCAUCUGCCAUAUAUGCUAUGUUAAUCACAGAUGUUAAAUAGCUAGAAGCAAUGCAACUUCAGUAGCAAUGAAACCUGGUCAGGUAGUGAGAUGGGCAGAAGAUGAAGACUUUAUUGCGCUUUGACUUCGAGUUGAGACUCUAAGCCCACUUUUUUGGUAGAUGUUACUCUGAAACUCAAAGCUUUCAUCCUGCUCACAGUAGAUAUGCAUUUGUGUCGGAGCUUCUUGAAAAACAUUUUUCUAUACGACGAAUGAUCAUUCAAGGAAUUAAAUAUUUUUUCAUCGGCUUUGGUACACUGUAAAUGAUAUUUCUUGAAAUGGCCUCACACACGAAGCACAUCUUUCACUGACUACAAAGAAACACAUAUAUUUGGUGUCUAUUAAGGUUUGACGAAUGAGAGACAUACUAGAGAAUAAAUAUUUUGAAAUAUAUACUUAGAUAUCUAUAUUUUUGGAUGAUGUAAUUCUGAUUUGGAUUGUGCUUGAAACAAAUCAGAAACGAGGCUUUGACGUGAACGUGAUCUUUAGACUUGCUCCGCGGCUGCUUUGUACUCGGGCAGUUAUUGAAACGCAAGCAUUUUUACUAAUCAGCUGCAGUGAGCUUCAUCGUGAUCAGCAACAAACUGUGUGAUCGCAGUUGAUCGACAUACAUGUAAUCUAUUAAGCAUGAUUAUCAGGUGCGUUCAGAGGAAGAAGCAAGCUCAUGUACAUGUGUUUAUAUUUACAGAGCUGAGUCUAUAUGUUAAAGGCAGUCUUGGCUGCUUUGCAUUUUAUUAAAUAAUAGAGAGUUUUUUUGUUUUUCUUGAACGUGAGAAUCUGUUUUGUCAUUUUGGAAGAUUCUGUUUUUUUUGUGAGUAGACGGAGUGUUUAAAGUCGCACCACAAAAGAUACACUUACAGUAGGAUGCCGCCACAGAGAUCCACCACUGAUGCUGUAACAAAGAGAACCAUCUUACCACUGUAUCGUCCUUCGGGUGGAUCUCUGUGGCCGCUGAGAGUAAAAAGGUACAUGAUUCAACAGUUUGUGAUCACUCCUUUACGCUGAUCUUUGUACACAAUGAUGGCAUUAGAAAGUGUUCUUUUAUGGUGCCUGAGUAUAUUUUUUUUUAUUUGGCUUUUUAAAAAAGCUGAUAAAUUUGUCUGUCCAAGUGUUGUUUGUUUGUUUGUUUAUACCUGUUAAUGAUAACCUUACAGAGCCUAUAAAGAAAAAAAUAAGCUAGCUUGAAUUUUUUCCUCCGUACAGAAAAAAAAAGAAAAUACAAAUGUUUACAAUAUGUAAUUAACCAAAUAGUAAAUAUGCGUUUGAGAAUCAAUCUGUCUGUCCCUCAAAGUGGCUGUGAUAGAUUGAUUUAUAUUUCUUUAUUUCCUCUGUUGUUUUAAACUUGAAAAUGUUAUGACUGCUUGUUCUGUUUUUCUGUUUGUUACUCUUUAUUUUUUUGACUUAUGAGAACAGUGCUCCCUCAAUUUCAAAAUAAUAACUCAACAAGAUUCAUGUUACGUAGUAAUUCAUCAGUUUUUCCAUUCUUUACAUGCUGACUACUUCACCUUACACUGAGCCUUGUACAUGCAGGACUGAACUUGAGACGCUGUUGCUUCUUUUUGCUGUUUAUAAUAUGUACAGUAUGGUAGAUUUCAGACUCAGUUCAAAGAAUUUAUAUAAGGGGUGAUACCCACAUGUCGUGAAUAACAGUAAAAACACUUGGUGAACAUGCUUGAGUACAGUUUUAGUAUGUAAAAAGAGCUGGAAAUUCAGGAAUAACUAUCAAGAGGCAUCCUAUUCUUGAUUUUGCACUACAAAACAAAUGAAAAUGGUUGGUUAACUAAUUUUUAAGACCAAAUUUUACCCACUAUAGUCUCAGCUUGUGUGAUUUCCAUUUAAAAUAAGAUGACGUUAACUGCACUUUCAUAUCCCCUUUUUUUUCUGCCUGUAUCAGAUCUCACAGCAUCACUUCUCAGUCUGGACCUUUACCUGAACGGUUGCCAUUUGUUGGAUUAUUCUGAUGUGAAUGUUGUAGUAUUUUUCACUGGUGUACAGUAGUUCAUAUUGAGAUUGGCAGAUAAGAUUGGCAGUGAUCCAUUCGGCAACGGCCUGGGCAACAUGACAGAACAGUAACAAUUUAAAACAAACAUGUUUUGUGCUAUUAACAAGUAGAGCUUUGAUUGGGCCCAAGAAAAUCAGGAACAAGCAGGUUUGAGGAUACAUGCAUCCAACAACAACAAAACAAACUACAGCAAGAAACAGACGGAGUAAUCUGCACUGUAUUAAAAGCUCCCAGUUAUCUUAAUCAUGCAACGUUUUGACCAGAUCGAGAUAUUUGUCAGGCGUUGUCAAAUUACCCCAAUAAAACAGGCCUGAUCCUGCAUGAACCCACAAAGUUUCUGUCCACGCCUGAUUAAAAUACUAAAAAUUCUAAUGUAAAAAAAAACAAAACAACAGCUUUUUUAAAAAAUUAAAUUUUAAGACAUUAAGACAUUUGUGACACCACUAAAAAAAAGAAGAAGAAGAAAGAAAACGCAAGAAUUGGAGCAAACCCGACCGGUUCAAGGGAAUUUUGACAAGUUAAAGUCCAACCCUGGUUUUGGCAGAGAGUCAAAGCUCUAAUAAACUAGACUUCUGUUUGUCAGGUUGUCAGGUUGCCCAACAAGUUGCCUGAUGCAUCAGUGCUACAGCAGCAGCAACAAAUACACAGUUCUCAAUGCAUAGUUAAUGAUGUGGUCUUCUCUUUCUUUCAAAAACAAUGAAUGGAAAUGAACGGGGCAGUCAGAUAAAGCUACUCUACACCAAAGUGCAAUUGAACUCAGAGGGAGCACUGUUAUUUCAGCCAGUAGAGGCCUAUUGGUUGAGGUGUGCCCAACCCCUAUGCACGAAAAGAUGGUUAUUCUUCUUCUCUUUUCUCUUGUGUUAUCCUCACUCCGUUGGUCUGUCUUAAUUCAGAUGCGACCUUUCUCUCUUUCUCUCUCGUGUACAGCUUGCUUCAGAGUUGUGUUUGUCCUCAGACAGGUACUCUUUCAUCUGUACGGUUCUUUCUUUAGGCUGAUGCAAUGAUUUUAAAAGACAAUAAAAGAUAUAUAAAAUUGA